AUGGCAGUGCCUGGUCUGUGGCCCUGGGGAGCAUGCUGGCUUAUGAUUCUCCUCUCCUUGGGAUUCGGCCUGGACACACUGGAGGUGUGCCCCAGCCUGGACAUCCGCUCAGAGGUUGCGGAGCUGCGGCGGCUGGAGAACUGCAGCGUGGUAGAGGGCCACUUGCAGAUCCUGCUCAUGUUCACAGCCACAGGGGAGGACUUUCGCGGCCUCAGCUUCCCUCGCCUCACCCAGGUCACUGACUACCUGCUGCUCUUCCGUGUCUAUGGCCUGGAGAGCCUGCGUGACCUCUUCCCCAACUUAGCAGUGAUCCGAGGGGCCCGCCUCUUCCUGGGCUAUGCGCUGGUCAUCUUUGAGAUGCCACAUCUGCGUGAUGUGGGGCUGCCCGCACUGGGGGCUGUGCUGCGUGGGGCUGUGCGCGUGGAGAAGAACCAGGAGCUCUGCCACCUCUCCACCAUCGACUGGGGACUGCUGCAACCUGUGCCUGGUGCCAACCACAUUGUGGGCAACAAGCUGGGAGAGGAGUGUGCUGACGUGUGCCCAGGAGUGCUGGGAGCUGCGGGCGAGCCCUGUGCCAGGACCACCUUCGGUGGGCACACCGACUACAGGUGCUGGACCUCCAGCCACUGUCAGAGAGUGUGUCCAUGCCCCCAAGGGCUGGCCUGCACAGCGGGAGGCGCAUGCUGCCACUCGGAAUGUCUAGGGGGCUGCAGCCGGCCAGAAGACCCUCGUGCUUGCGUAGCCUGCCGCCAUCUGUACUUCCAGGGUGCCUGCCACAGAGCCUGUCCUCCAGGCACCUACCAGCACGAGUCCUGGCGCUGCGUCACAGCCGAGCGCUGUGCCAGCCUGCGCUCAGUGCCUGGCCGCGCCUCCACCUUCGGCAUCCACCAGGGCAGCUGCCUGGCCCAGUGCCCUCCAGGUUUCACCCGUAAUGGCAGCAGCAUAUUCUGCCAUAAGUGUGAGGGGUUGUGCCCGAAAGAAUGCAAGGUAGGCACCAAGACCAUCGACUCGGUCCAGGCGGCACAGGAUCUGGUGGGCUGCACCCACGUGGAGGGGAGCCUCAUCCUCAACCUUCGCCAGGGCUACAACCUGGAGGCAGAACUGCAGCGCAGCCUGGGGCUGGUAGAGACCAUCACUGGCUUCCUCAAAAUCAAGCACUCCUUCGCGCUAGUGUCCCUGGGCUUUUUGAAGAACCUCAAGCUAAUCCGGGGGGAUGCCAUGGUGGAUGGGAACUACACUCUGUACGUGCUGGACAACCAGAACCUACAGCAGUUGGGAUCCUGGGUGGCCACUGGGCUCACCAUUCCCGUUGGCAAGAUCUACUUUGCCUUCAAUCCGCGCCUCUGCUUGGAGCACAUCUACCGAUUGGAGGAGGUGACCGGCACUCGAGGUCGGCAAAACAAGGCUGAGAUCAAUCCCCGCACCAACGGAGACCGCGCUGCCUGCCAGACUCGCACCCUGCGCUUCGUAUCCAACGUGACGGAAACCGACCGCAUCCUGCUGCGCUGGGAGCGCUACGAACCGCUGGAGGCCCGCGACCUGCUCAGCUUCAUCGUGUACUACAAGGAGUCCCCAUUCCAGAAUGCCACAGAGCAUGUGGGUCCAGAUGCCUGUGGAACUCAGAGCUGGAACCUGCUGGAUGUGGAGCUGCCCCUAAGCCGCACCCAAGAACCAGGGGUGACCUUAGCCCCCCUCAAGCCCUGGACACAGUAUGCAGUGUUUGUGCGGGCUAUCACACUGACCACUGCUGAGGACAGCCCCCAUCAAGGAGCCCAGAGCCCCAUUGUCUACCUCCGAACCCUGCCUGCAGCACCCACAGUGCCCCAAGACGUCAUCUCCACGUCCAACUCCUCCUCCCACCUCCUGGUGCGCUGGAAGCCACCUACCCAGCGCAACGGAAACAUCACCUACUACCUGGUACUGUGGCAGAGGCUGGCAGAGGACGGCGAUCUCUACCUCAAUGACUACUGCCACCGCGGCUUGCGUCUGCCCACCAGCAACCACGACCCCCGCUUCGACCGCGAAGAUGAAGAACUUGAGGCGGAGACGGAACCCGGCUGCUGCCCUUGCCAGCACUCACCUCCUGGCCAAGUCCUGCCCUCGCUGGAGGCGCAAGAGGCCUCGUUCCAGAAGAAGUUUGAAAACUUUCUACACAACGCCAUCACCAUCCCCAAAUCCCCUUGGAAAGUGACGUCCAUCAACAAGAGCCCCCAAAGGGACUCGGUGCGACACCGCCGGGCCGCCGGGACCCUCAGACUAGGGGGCAACAGCUCGGAUUUUGAGAUCCAGGAGGACAAGGUUCCCCGAGAGCGAGCUGUGCUGAGCGGCUUGCGCCACUUCUCGGAAUAUCGGAUCGACAUCCAUGCCUGCAACCACGCGGCGCACACCGUGGGCUGCAGCGCUGCCACCUUCGUCUUUGCGCGCACUAUGCCCCACAGAGAGGCCGAUGGUAUUCCAGGGAAGGUGGCCUGGGAAGCAGCCAGCAAAAGCAGUGUUCUCUUGCGGUGGUUUGAGCCACCGGACCCCAAUGGACUCAUCCUCAAGUAUGAAAUCAAGUAUCGUCGCUUGGGAGAGGAGGCCACAGUGCUGUGUGUGUCCCGUCUCCGAUAUGCCAAAGUUGGUGGAGUCCACCUGGCCCUGCUUCCCCCUGGGAACUACUCUGCUAGGGUUCGGGCCACUUCCCUGGCUGGCAAUGGCUCCUGGACAGACAGUGUUGCCUUCUACAUCCCUGGCCCAGAGGAGGAAGACUCCGGGGGUCUGCACAUCCUCCUCACUGUCACCCCCGUGGGGCUCAUGCUGCUCAUCAUUCUUGCUGCCCUUGGUUUCUUCUACGGCAAGAAGAGAAAUGGCACCCUGUAUACCUCUGUGAAUCCGGAGUACUUCAGCGCCUCUGAUAUGUAUGUCCCUGACGAGUGGGAGGUGCCCAGGGAGCAGAUCUCCAUAAUCCGGGAGCUGGGCCAAGGCUCUUUUGGGAUGGUCUAUGAGGGUCUGGCACAAGGACUUGGGGCUGGAGAGAAGUCCACGCCCGUGGCCCUGAAGACAGUGAAUGAGCUGGCCAGCCCACGGGAACGCAUUGAAUUCCUCAAGGAAGCUUCUGUCAUGAAGGCAUUCAAGUGUCACCAUGUGGUGCGUCUCCUGGGAGUAGUGUCUCAAGGGCAGCCAACUCUGGUCAUCAUGGAGUUAAUGACCCGGGGAGACCUCAAGAGCCAUCUUCGAUCUUUGCGGCCUGAAGCAGAGAACAACCCUGGGCUCCCACGACCAGCACUAGAGGAUAUGAUACAGAUGGCUGGUGAGAUUGCUGAUGGCAUGGCCUACCUUGCCGCCAACAAGUUCGUGCACCGAGACCUGGCAGCCCGCAACUGCAUGGUGUCCCAGGACUUCACCGUCAAGAUCGGGGACUUCGGGAUGACUCGGGACGUGUAUGAGACAGACUAUUACCGCAAGGGUGGGAAGGGGCUGCUGCCCGUGCGCUGGAUGGCCCCCGAGUCCCUCAAAGAUGGAAUCUUCACCACCCACUCAGAUGUCUGGUCCUUUGGUGUGGUGCUCUGGGAGAUCGUGACCCUGGCUGAACAGCCCUACCAGGGCCUGUCCAAUGAGCAAGUGCUCAAGUUCGUCAUGGACGGCGGGGUUCUGGAGGAGCUGGAGGGCUGUCCCCUUCAGUUGCAAGAGCUGAUGAGCCGUUGCUGGCAGCAGAACCCACGCCUGCGCCCGACCUUCACCCACAUCCUGGACAGCAUACAGAAAGAACUGAGGCCUUCCUUUCGCCUGCUUUCCUUCUACUACAGCCCAGAGUGCCGGGGAGGCCUGGGCUCCCUGCUGUCCACUGAUGCAGAGCCCGACUCCCCACUAACUCCAAAAGGAGCCUCAGGUUGCAGCCCCCAAAAUGGGGGUCCAGUGCAUUGAGGGACUCCCCAUUCCUUAACAUUCUGGCCUCUCAUGGCAGAGGAAGGGACCUGAUCUUUGUGCCCAUGAGAUGUCCAGAUGUUCACCUCCCACCCCCAGCUAUUUUCAAGGCAGGGAAUGGCCAAGAGUGGGGCAGAGAGCGGGAGCAGAAAGAAGCGGAUGCUGUCAGAACAGACUCACGCAGGAAAGAACCUCAGCAGUCGGAAUUGUGGGAAAGCAAGCAGGGCCACAGUGGGAGGAAUCAUUAGACCACCUGCAGAGUGAGAGGCUCUGCUCAACCAAGAAAUAAAGGCCCAUCUGCCCUGGAAGCAGAGUCUGAAGAGCUCCACCCUCAGCUUUGGAUCUCCUGUGGGCAUCUGGGGCCAUCAACUUGCUUGAAGUGAAAUGAGCAAUCAGAGCCAGACCUGGAGCCCUCUCCACCCAUGUUUGGGAGGCUCAGGAUGGAUGUCCAUAUUGCUGCCCUUCUUUCAACUGCAUCACCUCCUCCCUUGGCCACACACUCCAGGGGGCAUGGCGAGAACCCAGGGACUGGUGAGCAGGUUCC